AUGGCAUUCUGUACUUACUGUGGCCGGGAGUUCGCGCGCAAUGAGCAUCUUGAGCGCCAUGUCCGCACUCACACAAAAGUAAGGCCGUACAAAUGCUUGAUAUGUCAUGGUUCUUUCACUCGCUCGGAUCUCCUACAGAAGCACUACCUGUCCCACACAGAGAAAGAAGUCUACUCUGUCAAGGACUUGAUCAACCCGAGAGUUCUUUCUGACCACAGCAACUACGUGCCCAAUAACCAGCAGAUUACGGUGGCGUGCACCAACUGUGCCAAAAGCAAGACCCGAUGUGACCACAAACAACCAUGUGGCCGGUGCAAGGCCAAAGGCUUGACUUGCGAAACUCGACUUCGAAGAAACGCCAGGGUGACGUAUUCGGACCCCAAUCGUCUCGUUCAGCCAUCUCCUCGCCAAGGUUCAGGCGACAAUGAGAGCGAUGCGCCGCAGGAUCUAGUACAUGUUUCCCCCGCAGAGUCCGAGAAUGCACGAGACUCACUCCAGUCCGAUAACGUAUCUGCCACCCCGUUCGACAGCUAUCAGCAGAAUAGCUCAUUGCCCCAAAAUGGUGGCGGAGGUGAAUCAGCCAAGAGCCCUCAAAAUUCCGCGUUGACUACGGGAGUGUUGCAAGAUCUACCAACGGCGCUCCACAGAAGUCCAUCAGCAGCAGCAGGGGCAGUACCCAUCAAUCCUUCCGCUUCUUUCCUGUCUCUUCAGCCUGCUGGAGUUGACACGUACGCAGACUUGGCUGUGAAUGGCGGCUGGGACUGGAUGCUCCGUAUCGAGACGCCCCUCCCUGAUACUCCCUCCCAAACGUUGAGACGAGCCAAUGAUAUUUCAAAUGGUGGUAUGCAGAACCUCUACCCAAAUACAACAGCAGGUACUGCUGUGGAUAACGGCGAACUGGUGCUCCCCGUUGAUCACAACCUUGGUGUUGGGAACGGAAAUGGAUCCCCGGAUGAUGUGAAUCUAUUCGCCCUCGACCUGAAUUUCAUGUCUCCUAUGGCCGAGUUCCAGGGGAUGACAAGUCCAAUGGUCUCCUAUGAGACUUCCACCAUGUCCGAUCCAGAUCUUAUGGAGCAGUGGACAAUGGGCAAAUGCAUCCCACACUCCAAAACUGUAACGACCCCGAGUGACGCGUCCGAUAUCUUCGACUUGGACAGUAGCUACAACGACGCUGUCUUAUGGAGUCAGUCCAUCGAUCAGUUCCGCUCUCAAACCUUUCAGCAAUUCGAACUCAUCACACAUGUGCCGCUAACCGAAACCACCAGAGAGUGGAUGCUUGUGGUGAUACAGAACUUCCUCAGUAUUACCCUCGAGGCCUACGGAGUUAAGAUGAAGACACAGCCGCUACGCGGAAGCGCGAACUCCGCGAAGCGCACGCCCGAUCUAUAUCUGUUCCUCCCGCACAAGAACUAUAUUCACCGGUGGCUCGACGUUUUCCUGGCCUCGUACGAUCCGUUUUACCCCAUGAUACCCACGUUAACUCUCAACCCCAACAGCCUGGCAACCAGUAGCAAUGAAAGAGGCGCAACGUUGUUGUUACUCUUGAUGAUUGCUUCGGGUUCUAUGCUGGAUCCGUCCCCAAAAGCCCGCCGGUUUUCCCGCGCACUGUUUGAGAUUUGUCGGCAUGCCCUUGCCGACAUUUUUGCAAACGACAGCGCUGCCUACAAGAGCAGUCUCAAUCUUCAAUGUGCUUUCUUAUUCUCCAUAGGUGGCGCUUUCAGCGGCUGGUCGACUUACAUGAAUCUUGUUGUAGGUCAAAAGAAUCUAUAUCUUGCGACCAUGCGCCAAGCCAACUUCUUCAGCUCCCCUCCUGCUUUCUCAACUCAUCUUCCCUGCCAUACUCUAGAUCUUGACGCUCUGUGGCGAGCGUGGGUAGAUCGCGAGACAGCCAUAAGGCUUACAUACUGCUGGAUCAUCGCAGACCAAGAGAUCAGCCUCUUCUACGAUGCCCCUCUGUGUCUGGCCUUGUCUGAUCUGAACGUCCUUCUACCUUGUGAUGAGAAGCUGUGGCUAGCUCCUUGUGCUGCUAAAUGGAUGGAGCGUCUAGGUGAACUUGGAAUCAGCUCAGUUGAGGCUGCAGCAGCCAUGCUCGAAGGCCCUCAGCCGACUCUACGCGAUCUUCUCGUGCGGUUAUCGGCCACUCGCGCGGGCGCAACCGCAACCGUCAUACACCCAUCCCAUCUUCGACUGCUACUAUAUCCCUUACAAUUACUGGUUGUCGAGUUGCGUCAAUUCUGGGCAUUAUUCGGAUCCGAAAAUGACAACCCGACUUUCCCCCUCCCAUUGCUGCAAACAUCGUCCUCCUUGCGUGCUGAGGAGCUUGAGCGCCUCUUGCACCGAUGGAUGGAUCUUGCCGAAAGCGUGCAGCCGGAAGGAGUUCGAUCUGUGGCGCUGAUGAAAUCUACCAUGAUACUCUAUCACUUAGUCUUUUUAAACCUGCUGACCUCGUUAACCAGCCUGGAAGCCAUCGCGAGAGGAGAGGGCCACCUUUCUGCUGCCAACAACGUAUCUCGCUGGCUCAGAGGACCAGAGCCCAUCUUGGUACACUGUGGUCAAGUCCUCUCUCUUACAGCCGAUAUAGACAAAAAGUUACGCCCUAAUUGGUGGGCUGCAGCAAUCUACCGGGUUGCCAUCACAAUGUGGGCCUAUGGAGCUUCGGGCGGUGGCGGUGACGAGCAACACAUGUCUCAACAGCAUGCACCCGAGAUCGUGCUCAACACUACCAACUAUCGAGACCGUUUAAUAAGCGACUACCUUCGUACACACAGUGGACGGCCGUAUCUGAGGAAUCGAGUGGGCAAUCUUGUUUCCUUAUCUGAUACAGCCGGGGUGCUCCAGGUUUGCAUUGAAGCAUUGGAACCUGGACCAAGAAUGUGCCGUUUCACAGAAGGUUGUCUCCGUAGGCUGGAGGCAGUAGCCAAAAUUCGGAUGGCCAAGCCCUCUUAAGCAAGAGUGAGCAUCUCCUCGAUACAGCAUGAACAUGGC